AUGGUCGUGUUGAAUCGAGUGUUAAAUGUUCUAAAUGAAAUUCGUGGUGUAAUCAUCCUGGCCAAACUUUCAGUUAUUCCUGUUAGACAUGAUUACUGGGGUUCGUUCACACACAUUAUGUCACCUAAAAUGGCUGAAAUACCCGCGAUUACUACAGCAACAACUACGUCCUCAUCAAAAAUAUCAGAAAUGCCAACGACAGAAAAUGCAACGCCAAUAAUAACAGUAUCCGACUCGACAACCGAACUUUUUAAAAGUAUAAAAGAAUAUUUAAAUAGUGAUUUGAGCAUAAAAUCUGCCGACUAUGUUUAUGAGUUUCUUCGUAAAGUAAAAGACGUACCAAGAAUUGAUCGUGGUCAUGUUAUUAAUAUAUUAACUCAAACACAUGAUCCAAUUAUAUUACAAAAACUGGUAAAUGAUAGAUGUAGCUAUAUUUUAAGAAAUUGGAUAAAAGAAGAAGCAAAACAACUGCCCGAUAGUAAUUUACUUCUUAGAUUAUUGAAAACAGUUCAACAUCUGCCUGUCGAUUUUGAAGUUUCAACAAGUUGUGGAUUGGGUAGAGUAGUUAAUAAUAAAUUGGUAAAAGAAUCUAGUAUACCUGGUGUUGCUGAUAUGGCAUCCAAAUUAUUAAAUAGAUGGUUACAAGAUGCUAGACAGUUAUCAGAAUCUGCUGGUAACAAUGUUCACUCUCACAUAAAAAACUCUAAAGCAAAAGAACAUCAUCCAAAAGAUAAAUCAGCGACAAUGACAACAACAAUAGCGGCAACAGCAUCGUCAACUAUUAUUAAUGAUAUGAAAAAAGAAUUAAACCAACCUGUAGUAAAAGGUAUUUUUGAAGAUAUGUUUGAUUUUUCAAAUAUUGGCAACUCCUCUUUGUCUUCUACUUCUUCUUCAAAUAUUUUCAAACCUCAAUUAUCAAACGUGUUUAAAAUAAAAGAUUCUACAAAAACUACUCUUAAAUCUGAAAAAUUUGAAACAAAGCAAGUAAAGCUGUUUGAAAAUAAAUAUCCUGAUGAUAUGGAAGAUGAUAUGUCGUCAUUACCUGUUGGUGUUUGCCAUGUUAAAGAUUUGGAUCGUAGUGAAGGAAGAACUGCUUUCAAGAGAAUGAGAAAAGCGCCAUCUACAAUAUGGUACACUCCACUUUUAUUAAAACCGUCACCCUCUUCUUCUAGUAAUAAUGUUGAUAACAAAUGUAAUAAUAAAAUAGUAAAAAGGUCUAGUAAAACCAAUAGUCAAGAAGCAAACAUUCAAGAAAGUCGUGAAAAACAAACCUUGGAAGUUAUUUAUCUUACAGUUGAUCAAGGAAAAAGUAUUGAAAAAUUAAAACAAAAAAUUGAAUUAAAAAAAGUUUUAAAUGAUACACCAUUUGCUAAUCCUAAUUCAUGGGUUUAUGAUCCAAAUCAAAAUGCUUCUAAUAAUGUCGGCUUAGGCAUUGGAGUCGCAGCAGGAUUAAUACCAGGAAUUGGUACAGUCAAUAAUAGCAUAGACAUACCUAGUAAUGCUCAUCCAUCUGCACAAUUUAUGGGAAUUAUUAAUGGCAACAACAAUAAUAAACAACAGCCAGCACCUUUACCUUUGUUAAAUCAACCUUUAGUAAAUGAUCAAAAUCAAAUUAUUAAUAGACCGCCAACGAAUUUAACAAACAUCACGACAGCAACUGCAAAUAAUAAUAAUAAUAGAGGGGGAGGAGGUCGAAUUGGCCCUUCUAGUUCAGGAACUGGUAGACCAACUAGUGGGAAAGGAUCUGAAUGUUGGUAUUAUAAAGCUGGAAGAUAUAUUUACUCAGAAGCAGAUAUAAGAGAUUUGGAGAAACUAAAAGAUUUGACUACAAAAAAACUUAUUAAAAUGAUUGACAAAAAUAAUUGGAGUGAGAUUUUGUUGUUGGGAUGGAAUACUAAUAAUUCAGAUUUAAAUAAUACUUCAUUGAGAUAUAUCAAUAAAAAUUGGUCUGGUGUUAGAGACAGUGAGCAAAUGAAAAAUAUAUUAAGUUGUGUUGAUGUUGAUUUGACUGAAUCAUUAUUUUGUGAUAGAUUUUUUGAAAGAAAUUAG